GCAUUGCGGAUCGCCCAACACACCAUCAUGACAACUCGCGCCCGCCUCGAGCGCUUCUACAGCAAGUACAACCCAGACAAGAAAGGGGAGAUCGAUGGAGUGCUGGACAAGUACAAGGGUCGCGAGUCGGUUUUGUUCGAAGCGUUGGUGCGCAAGUAUGGUCCCGAACCGGACGCGAACGAGGAGAUCACGUUUGUAGACGCCAUGACACUGCGUCUGCUCGCGUUCUACGAAAAGUACAACCCCGACAAGGUGGCCGAGGUCCCGAAUGUGUUGGCCAAGUAUGCUGGGAAGGAGAAGCAGUUGUUUGAAGCGUUGGUGAAGAAGUACGGCCCCGAGCCAGGUGACGAGCUCGACGACGCGGAUGACGAUGACGACGACGAGUCGAACGACGGCUCGGACGAAGAGGAGGAAGUCCAAGGCAAGGGAGCGUUGCUAUCGCGAGAAAUCUUGUAUUGCCCCAUCGACAAUCUGCCGCCUGAGUAUUGCGAAUACGGCCCGAGUUUCAACGAGUGCAAGCCCUGGCUUGUCGAGCACGUCCCGACGCUGUUCAUUCAAAAGUACAACCGCACGAUCGCGGAACUCGUCGAAGUAGAGGCACAGAUUGCCGCGGGUGUCGAAGGCAUCACGCUCGAGGCCGAGGGUUCCAAGAGUGUCAAGAAGAAGAAGGGCAAGGCCGACGCGGACGGCAACGCCAAGGCGGGUGGGAACGUGUACGUCGAGCGCUUCCAGCGACAGAAGAAAAAGUUUGUGACGGUCGUUGCCGGUCUCGACGAGUACAAAGGUCUCGACCUCAAGGACGUGGCGAAAAAGAUGGGCAAAAAGUUUGCAUGCAGUGCGUCAGUCAAUAAGUUGGACGGUGGCAAGGCACAAAUCCAACUGCAGGGCGACGUCCAGCACGAGCUGCCCCACUGGCUCGUCGAAGAGUUCGACAUCCCAGAAGCCAACUUGUACCUGUUGGAAAAGGGCAAGAGCGAGCGAGCAUUCUAACUACGUCGUGGGACAUUCUUGAAUGCACAGCAUGAUCGGUUGACGCGCUAAAGACGGGAUGCGCAUCCACGUGGAGAGCGGGGUGUCCUGUAUGUCGUGGCUCUAUUGGGCCUGCCAACUGAACCUGACAUCAUGGCCGGCCAGCGCGAUCCUGGUCAGGUGACUAGCACGAGCACCGUUCUGCUCGUCGUCUCGGAGCUGGUGUCGAAUGCCACACGACUGGAG